AUGAGCGUCGAUACCGCCGAAGAGGGCACUGGCCGGCCCUUCCGGAUCCACAGGUGUAAAGCUGUGAAGUACAACCCCGCCGGUGUGGUCAGCUUGUCCGUGGUGCCAGAAACAGUUCCGUCCAACUCGCAGGGCGGCCGAAUCAGUCGAAAGGACAACCUCGUCGCUUGUGCGAGGACUAAUGGGGAUAUCGAACUGUGGAACCCAAGAGGGAAAGGGUGGUUCUUGGAGAGGACCAUUCCAGGAUCGAAAUCAUCACCGAUAGAAGCAGUUGUGUGGGUCCACCAAAACAACGCCGUCGACGACUCGGACUUUGACACCCCCGAGGAACGGAAAGCAUACCUAAAGUCCUUGAGGCAAGCUCAGCCACGACUCAUAUCGGCCGGACUCGAUGGUCGGAUAGUAGAAUGGGAUACCACCACGUUGAAGCCUCACCGCGUAGCAGAAGUGGGUGGUGGUGCGAUCUGGUGUGCGGCGCCCAACACGUCUCACACCCGCCUAGCUGUUGGAUGCGAGGACGGGCAUGUGCGGGUUCUCGACAUUAGCGAUGACCAGCUCGUAUUGCACCGACUGCUUGAGAAAAGCCCGACGAGGAUCAUGUCCAUCGCAUGGCACCCUAACGGCCAGUUCCUCGUUGCGGGUGGGGCAGAUAGCAGUAUUCGCAAGAUCGAUGUAAAAACGGGGAGGACGGUGCAGAGAAUGACGACAGCCACGGUACCCGGGGAGGAAACGAUCGUUUGGGACCUGAAAGUUCUAAAGGAUGGAACUGUUGUCACUGGAGACUCCAUGGGCCACGUGACAUACUGGGACUGGCAAUCGGGAACUGCUUCAAAUUCGACCCGUGCUCAUGAAGCAGAUGUGUUGUGCCUGGCUGUCAACAAGGCAGGCACUAAAGUAUGGUCUUCCGGUGUGGACCGGAGAGUGGUGCAGUUCUCGCUGGUAGACUCAUCCACGCAGCCUUCGGGAGAACACAAGGAGAAGCGCAAGGGCAGCAAGAGCCACGAUCACCGACCAGGCGCAAAGCACUGGAUUCUAUCCGGCGAGAAACGAUACCAUUCACACGACGUCCGCGCGCUGGCCCUCCUCGAAGGUCGACCGCACGACGCCCUCAUCUCCGGUGGUCUUGACACCACUUUGAUCGUGUCCAGCCCACUCACCGAGUUCCCCUUCCUGAAACAAUACCGCAUGGCGUCCUUUCCCCAUCGACCAAUCGUACAGAUCACAAAGAGCGGAUCGAAACUCAUGCUGGCGCGGUUCCAGGAUCACAUCAAGGUCUGGCGGUUAGGCGAGGCGCUGGCGCCAGCGAAGGUGACUGCACAGCUGCCGACGUAUGCGAAAGUGGAUCAUCAACGUCCAACCUACUUGUUUACAAUCAAACCGAAAUUCGCGACGAAUCUCACUGCUGCCGCCAUCUCAGAGGACGGGGAAUGGGUGGCAGUGUCCGAUAUGAACUCUGUGAAACUCUUCCGGGUGGUGAAACCAGCCGGGAAUGGGCAAGCGCGACAGGAUGAAUUCAAAAUCAAGAGGGUAAAGGCAUUCGAACUGAGGGUCAGCAAUGUCAUCAAGGGAGCACACAACUUUGUUUUCACGCCGGAUUCGCUCCGUCUCAUCGUGGCGGGAGCGGACUCUAUCGUCUACGUCGUGGACCUCACGGCCGCGUCCGAAGAUGUUUACAGUAUAGUCAAGCAAUUCGAAGCUCAUAGGGGGGACGAGGGGAGUGACCACGGCGAUGAAGACGCAAUGGAGAUCGAAGGCGUGGAUAGCGCACCCGUCGCGGCGUCCAAAAAGCUAGUGACGAAAGGAGGGAGGGAAAUGGUCGUCACGUUGUCUGUGAGUGGGGAUGGGCAGUGGUUGGCGAGUGGGGAUAUGCUGAAUCGGAUCCACGUGUUCAAUCUGGACUCGUUGAAGCAUCACGCCACUCUUCCUAUUUUCUCAACGCUCCACACCACCCUCACCUUCCACCCCACCUCACCCACACUCAUCACCACCACCGCAUCGAACGAGUUCUACCUCUACGACUGCGAAGAGGCACGUCUAACGGACUGGUCCCGCGAGUACUCCCAGCGCCUCCCAUUACGCUGGCUGAACCGUAAAGAAGUUGUGCUCGGCGUCGCGUUCGACCCGUUGCGGCCAGCGGGCAUGAUCCUAUGGGCUGCCAACCACUUCACCUUCAUCGAUCUGGAGCAACCGCUCGGUCCGCGAGACGCGCUCAUCAGCGCCGAGAAGCGGAGAAGGGUUUUGCAGAGGAAGGCGAGGAAGGCUGCUAAAUGGGCGCGGAUGAAGCGUGCUCAGCCGCAGGCUGAUGAGCAGACCCAUGUGAAUGGGACAGUGGCUAUGAACGGAACACCGGCGUCGAUCAGACGGAAGGGCGUUAACGGCCAGCCUAACGGGCAUCACGUCAUUGACGCCGAUGGCGCUAUCGUUAUCGAUUCGAGCGACGACGAGGACCUCGAAGACGACACGGACCCGCUCGACGCACACGACCUCCUCCUCCACGCUGGCGAAACCAACGGCGUCUCCCAUGCCGACACAGACGACGACGACGACAUUGACGAAACGACACGGGCAGGUACCAAACGCCCACACACCGACGACGCCGACUCGGACGCCGAGCCGCCCUCCACGCCCGCCUCAAAACCAAUACCACGCGGGCAACGCGUCAACGGCAUCCUCAAAACGCCGACACCGGUAGACGCCGCCAAGUACAACACCACCCUGACCUUCUCCCCCGCGUUCAACAUGGAGCACCGGUACGGACCCAUCAUGGGCCUGGCGUUUGUGUCGGAGCAUGAUCUGGCGGUUGUCGAGUUGCCGGCGUUGGCGGUUAUGAAUGGUGUUGCCGAAGGCGCGUUCCAGAAGCAUACUUAUGGAACGUAG